AUGAGUACGAGACGGGGGGGUGCAGUUAUCCACCCCCUAAACCUGCACAUGAAGCGCUUCCUUGAAAAACUAGGUGAGACAUGUUAGCCUAUCAGAGAUACACUUGCUUGUUCCUGAAAGAGUGCUGUACACAUGCACAGAUGGACUAAUAUGACACCCAUCUCUAUUUCUCCCCUGUUUCUCUCAGGUCUUUCCCAUAGAUGGGAUGUCCCAUGGAAAGGAGCUUACCUUUGAAGAGAGUGACUGGUUUAUUGUGAACUUCCUGCGCCUGCUUCGGCAGUACAGGUUCAACUUCCUGCAGAUGUGGGUGGAAAGUGUUCUGGACAAGUUCAUGAGGUGAGACUUUAGAUUCUGCUACCUGUCUAUUUACAGCACAGCAGUCAAAACCUUUAUUAUGAAAUACAAAUGUUGUUAAUGAGAGAAGAGUGCUAAUUGUAGGUAUGUGAUGUUUUGAUUCUUGUUUUUCCAGAAUCUACCAGUACUAGCAGUUCAGCUACUCCUUCACAAGUGUGGAGAAGCUCCUGCUUGCAAUGGGUGGUGACAGUUUCCUCACACUAGCCAAUCAGAUGCUGGAGGAGGCCAUGUUGGGGGAGGGCUUUUCUCAGAGCUUCCUCAACAACGUCGUGGCACCUGUCACCCAUGUGAACUAUGGCCAAAGUGUCCGCAUCAGUGGUUUUGUAGGUAAGUUUUUAACAAAAUACUUUAGUGCGAUAAGUGGUUUCGAGUGGUCUUAUGUGGCCAUCCAAUCAAAUCUAUUUUGUCUUGAAAACUAGUGACGGGAAGUUCGGCUCUUUUUACUGACUCGGGUCCUUUCAAAUUGUUGAGUCAAAAGAACGAAUCGUUCGACUCAUUUUGUUCAUUUGAUUCAGUAUUGCCCAGAACACGCAGGACCCUCUACCUGUGAACUAAAAACUCGAAAUAAUCAUGAUACUACAAGCCUCAUUCACCAUAGCGGGGGCUUAUUGGAGCUAUCAUUUGUGACUGAGACGUAUAAAAGUGUGUUUCAAACAAUGUAGGCCUACAUUUGUGAUUACUAGGCAUACACAAACGAUAUUUCUUGAUGUCUUUGAAAUUAGGUCUAUAGGUGUGACAGCAACCGGACUAGAUUGUGAAUGACUCUUGGCGGAAUGGAAUUGCUUGACUGCCGCGAGGGAUUAGCACAAUAUCGUUCGCAGCAGCCCCCCAAACAAUGAUUUGUUCUCGAGUUCAAGCUUGUUGAGCAGAGAGGCAGGCUAUAUGUUUUGGUUCUACAAAGUUGUGUCCAUCAUAACGUUCAAUAAUAAAUUAAUUGCAGUCAUUCUUGCACCAUGCAAUCAAUUAUCAGUGUAUUUUUCUUCUCUAUGCUGCAUGCAGCAUGAUCAAUUUUCCUGUGCGCACUGAUAGACAAUUGGUGGUCGGAGCACGUCUCUGGAGCCACUGAGUCGGGGGAGCGCUUAUUAAUCCUGCUGUAUUCAUUGCAGCCAGCAGGUCAAACAAACAACUAAAAUGAACGAUGACUAUCGAGUCAGUAAAAAGAGUAGUUCAGAAAUAAGUAAUUGUUCACGAACUCACAUCACUUUUGAAAACAUAAGGGAACUGAACUAAUCCUUGUGAAAUGUGUGGUGUGAUGUGAUGUUGUCUCCAGGGGAGAUGUCUAUAGCAGGGGCAUACCCAUGCCUGUGGACGGAGGUAAUAUGAAGGUGUGCUCAGGACUGCUGUACCACAGCAAGGAAGAGCUCAUCCCAGCACGAGUCACUGCUAACUCUGUUAAGCUGCGACCAUCUAAAGCAGGUACACACUGUAUAUACAUAUAUAAAUGCCUGAAGUAACUAACAGCACAGUUCAUUGUAAAAUAAAUCUGCAAGUUGUCUAAAAUCUGUUCUGUAGAUGCUAAGGCUCUACUCAUUCUCUCUUUCUCCUGUUCACAGGUACCACAGCCAGUCUUUAAGAGGUGAACUAUGUUGGGGACUCUGGCUCCGCCCAUUACCUGUAUGACAAAGUGAUCGUGGCCACACUUCUCCACCAGGGAAAGUCUGACAUCACCUUUGCAGGCUUCUCCCCUCCUAUCCCCUCCCAGUACCCUGGGCGCUACCACCAGACUGUCAUCACCCUGGUCCACGGUCUCCUUAACGUGUCCUACCUGGGGACCUCUGAGAAGCCAUCUACCUUCAGUGUGUCAGACGUUCUCACCACAGACACCAAGGGCUCCAUCAUCAACAGCCUGAGCUCCAUUGACCCCGUGCACAUCCCACCAGGCUACUCACGCCCGCCAGUCAGCGAGAGCAAGGUGUGGAAGGUGUUCUCUCCUCAGCCUCUGUCCCAGUAGCAGCUCCAGGACCUGUUCCUAUCGGAGACGAAGUGACUGGUGUAUCCCACUCACAGUCCACCCCACCGCGGGACCCCUCCGUUCAUCCUCCAUGAACGCCUGUACUACCUGAAUGUUGUGGAGUGGGCAGCCAGCACCAUGGAUAUGAGCGCCAUCUCAGCUAGGAACUUGGCACUGUUUGCACACCACAGCUGGCACGCCCAGUCGGGCAGGAUCGACCAGGAGGACCUGCACACAUGUCUGAGGGGAGAGCUAAGAAGAGAGAGAGCGGGAGGGAGGAAUAGCAGAGGCGGAGAAGAGUGA